AUGGCAUACUUAACAAAACUAAUCUCAAAUAUUAAUAAAACUUUCAAUAUUCAUAUUACCGCUGCGGCCGCAUUUGUGAAUGAACACAUCAAAGGAAAACGAGACAAUAUUAAGAGGCAUUCAUCAACAGUAUGCACCAGUGUAACACGACCUGCUUCCCCUCGUCGUCUACGGCGAGGUGAAGGUGAAACGGACGAUAUGCUUGGAACAGGUAGGGGUCUAGGUUUUGGUCGUAGUUUUAGACGGAGCGUCGGGCUACCCACGCUGCACUCUUUAUGGUCACCGAGCAGUGGUCAUUGCGACCAAUUAACAUGCCUACGUGACCGGCCCACUUUAUCAUUAUGA